ACGGGACCCAUGCGUAAGCGACGCACAUAGGCUAUCUCCAACUGCUACCAUGGUUUUGCCUCCGCGACUGUCCUACAUCAGGAUACGGGAUGCAGAAGACAUAGAAUUUGUCGAGCUCGUCCUCAAUGACGUUCGAUACUGUAUCCCCCGACGAGGAAGGGGUACUUUUGCGCAAGUUUUCCAUGAACCACUGCUAUUUGCAACCGAGCAUCUUUCUCUCUCAGUGCACCCAAAGAAGUCGCGCUUUGGUUUUUCAUCUGAAACAGCCUCCGACACCCUCACUAUUAGCUCUGGCCAGGUCCUGUCCAAGCUACAGGGGAGAAAAUUUCAGAGGAAAGGUGGCAAGGUACUCCUGACGCUCGGUGUUUUAUCUGUAACACUAGGAGUCCUCUUCCAAACCAUAUCCACCCCGCGUAAUCAAGGGAUUCUAAACACAACCACUGAGGAAUUCAUCAAGGAAAAUAUCAGACAGAGUCCUUGUUUUCGAGCUUUGAUAAUCGGAAAGUUUGGUGUUGGGAAAUCUUCUUUGAUCAGUCGAAUCUUUGGUGUGGAAGCUGCAGUUGAGUUAUCAAAAAUUGGCAUCCUGUCUGUCGUUGAAGAGCAGCAUAGUACCUCAGAAAACGAGCGAUUCAUCUUGCACAGUUGUGAACUGCGUGAAGGUAACGACUAUGAUACCGUGAAGGCGUUCAUUGCGAACAGGAAGAGGAUGUCACAUAUUAAAGACCAACUUCAUGCAGUCUGUUUGUGUGAGCGGGCCGGUGUGAUAGGUUGUGUGUCCAAGUACCCAUUACAGGAAAAUGGUGAACCUAUAUUUGAAGAGGGAGCAGAAGUAUUCUUGGACGAUGCGAAGGCGGUCCUCGGGAACACCCCUACGAUAGUCAUAUUCACAAAAUAUGACAGGCUAGUAGGUUAUAUGCAGAGAAGUCAUGACGGGGACUCUGAAGCAGAAGCAAAACUAUACCUGCAAAGGUAUUGCAUCCAGCCAAUUCAGGACUUCAUGGGAGGCAUGAACAUUUCAUAUGUUGCAGUCAGUUCGCAACCCGCUCACGAGCAAGGGCAUGAAGAACUGAUAAGCCUCACUUAUGACAAAAUAUCUGAGAGCUUCACGCCUCAGCUAAAUACACUGUCACCGGUACUUCUGGCAGCCGCCAUGGCACAAAGAAUGGUGCCUAGCUUGAAGGCAAAGUUUUCGGUCCGCAUCGGAAAUCAGAGUCAGUCCUUGGCCAUGAAGCGAUAUAUUAGAGAACUCACACUCCCUGAAAAGGAUGCCGGAGGGUAUUGGCUGUCUGUACUAGUCUCCGGAAUGACGGUGUGGAAUUUCUGUGAUCCUUCUCGAUAUUUGUACAGCAAUGAAUUUCGAGAAUCCAUGACGAAAAUGGUUUGGAAUGUUAGUGCAGCGCCAGAGUCAAUCCUAAACACCAUUUACGCAGCAGCUGAUUUAGCCCGCACAAGCAAUCUCGUCUCUUUUAUUACUCUGCUGCCUUUAACCCUGCCAUUAGUCCUCAUAAAAUUAUACAUGCGACUGCAAUAUGCUGCUCGCCAAUUUGUGGCUUAUAUUGUGGAUUUGACAAACGUUCUGGAGAUAUUGUUUGCAUUGACGACCAACAUGAAGGGAAAGAAGCUUACUCGCACUGCAAUUAGGCUUGCUUUCACAGUUUACUCUGCAUCGGAACGGAUGCAGGUCGUUCACAGGAUUAUUAGGGAUUUCGGACAUCAGAUUAGAGAUCGUGAUGUGAUACUCGAGAAUAUUGCAUCUUUCCUCUCUUCCGAUGAUAUGGACACCAACGUGUCCAGAGUGCUCGGGCUGGCCAUGGACUCAGUUGACCUGGAGAGAGAUGAAGAGUAGCAUAUCGACGCCAAUAGCUAGCAAGCCUCUUGAGACCCCUGUUUCUGUUCGACUUUCACCUGGUCCUCUGUGCGGUUGUAGUUUAUUGUCGCGUCGCUUGCCUGUCAUCCCUGUCGUCGUGCCUUGUAGUUGUAGUUAUACUAACCGCGUACUAGUCUUCCAGAAUGGAUUUUUAUUGGAAAACAUUUACAGUCGGCCGUCAAUGCGCGACAGCUCAGAGGCUCGUGGGUGUCAUCUUGACACAUUCCCGCUUCGUGUUUCCGUCUUUCCCAACAUCGAACCUUGCUUUGGCUUCAAUGAAGUCGGCGAUUGUAACUCCUUGUGGCUGCCUGUGGUAUGGACAUCAGAGGAGGAAGGUGCCUUACUUGAUUUCUUGGCCACUCACAUGAUGUAGUUCUCCGCUUCGAACAGAACAUCUCUCGGUU